GCCCUCGCCCCAGCGCCCUUCUGAAAUCCUUUGUGAUUUCCUCCAGCCGUUUCUAUUUCGGGGGGCUCUUCGCCACCCCCGCCUCUUCCCUCCCCUUCCCCGCUCGCAAACAUGCCUCCUUCCUUCCCCGGGCCCUGGAAGGAGCUGCCUGCCUGAAGCCCGGAGACGCCGCGCCGCGCUCAGCCGCCGCCCGCCGGCUCUGGGGCUGCGCCGCGCCGCGCCGCCGACUCAAGUUGGGGCUCCGGGGCUGCUCGCCGCCGCCGCCCCCGCUGCCUGCCGGCCCGCGGACCCGGGCUUCACCGCCGCCCGCCGACUUCGCGUCCUGCCCGCUCCACUCGCUCCGCUGUGAACGGAAAGCCGCCUUCUCCGCCGAGGACCGUGCCGGGAGUGGCUUUGGGUUCCCGGCCACUUUUUUUUUUUUUUUUUUUAGGUUUUCCGGGGGGUGCUCUCGGAGGCUUCCAGGGGGUACUCGGGCCGCCGAGCGCGGAGGCCCCUGGAGCGGGCGAGCAGGGGGGAGAGCCCGGGCUCCGCGGAGGCUCGCACCGAGGCAAGAGAACUUAUUCAACAAGUUUACCCCCCCUGCCUCCUUCUUUUCGAUGUGCGUUUUCGGACAUGCGGAGGUUACUGGAACCGUGUUGGUGGAUUUUGUUCCUGAAAAUCACCAGUUCCGUGCUCCAUUAUGUCGUGUGCUUCCCCGCAUUGACAGAAGGCUAUGUGGGAGCCCUACACGAGAGCAGACACAGCAGCUCAGCGCAGAUCCGCAGGCGCAAGGCCUCAGGCGACCCAUACUGGGCAUACUCUGGUGCCUAUGGUCCAGAGCACUGGGUCACAUCUAGUGUCAGCUGUGGGGGCCGUCACCAGUCUCCCAUAGACAUUUUAGACCAGCAUGCUCGUGUUGGUGAAGAGUACCAGGAACUGCAACUUGAUGGCUUCGACAGUGAAUCUUCUAACAAAACUUGGAUGAAAAACACAGGGAAAACAGUUGCCAUCCUUCUGAAAGAUGACUAUUUUGUCAGUGGUGCCGGCCUGCCUGGUAGAUUCAAAGCUGAGAAGGUGGAAUUUCACUGGGGCCAUAGCAAUGGUUCUUCUGGCUCUGAACACAGCAUCAAUGGCAGGCGAUUUCCUGUGGAGAUGCAGAUUUUCUUCUACAAUCCUGACGACUUUGACAGCUUUCAAAGUGCUAUUACUGAAAACAGAGUUAUCGCAGCCAUGGCCAUCUUUUUUCAAGUCAGUCCCAGGGACAAUUCUGCACUGGAUCCUAUUAUCCAUGGGUUGAAGGGUGUCGUACAUCAUGAGAAGGAGACCUUUCUGGAUCCUUUCAUCCUCCGGGAGCUCCUGCCUUCAUCCCUGGGCAGCUAUUACCGGUACACGGGUUCUCUGACCACCCCACCGUGUAGCGAAAUAGUGGAGUGGAUUGUCUUCCGGAAGCCUGUUCCCAUCUCUUAUCAUCAGCUCGAGGCUUUUUAUUCCAUCUUCACCACAGAGCAGCAAGACCAUGUCAAGUCGGUGGAGUAUCUGAGAAACAACUUUCGCCCGCAGCAGUCUCUGAAUGACAGGGUGGUGUCCAAAUCAGCUGUCCAUGAUGCCUGGAACCAUGACAUGGCAGACUUCUUAGAAAACCCACUGGGGACAGAAGCUUCUAAAGUUUGCAGCUCUCCACCCAUCCACAUGAAGGUGCAGCCGCUGAACCAGACAGCACUGCAGGUCUCCUGGAGCCAGCCUGAGACCGUCUACCACCCCCCCAUCAUGAACUACAUGAUCUCCUACAGCUGGACCAAGAAUGAGGACGAGAAGGAAAAGACGUUUACUAAGGACAGUGACAAAGACUUGAAGGCCACCAUUAGCCAUGUCUCACCUGAUAGCCUUUACCUGUUCCGAGUCCAGGCCAUUUGUCGGAAUGAUAUGCGCAGUGACUUCAGCCAGACUAUGCUCUUUCAAGCUAAUACCACUCGAAUAUUCCAAGGGACCAGGAUUGUUAAAACAGGAGUGCCCACAGCAUCUCCUGCCUCCUCAGCUGACAUGGCCCCCAUCAGCUCGGGGUCAUCAACCUGGACAUCCUCUGGCAUCCCCUUCUCCUUUGUCUCCAUGGCGACUGGGAUGGGCCCCUCCUCCAGCGGCAGCCAGGCGACAGUAGCCUCAGUGGUCACUAGCACGCUCCUGGCAGGCCUGGGCUUCAGCGGUGGCGGCAUCUCCUCCUUCCCCAGUACCGUGUGGCCCACACGCCUCCCCACAGCCGCCUCUGCCAGCAAACAGGCCGUCAGGCCUGUCCUUGCCACCACAGAGGUCUUGGCUUCCUCAGGCCCGGACGGUGACUCAGCCCCCACCAAGGACAGCGAAGGUACCAAGAACGGAGAAAAGGAUGAGAAAAGUGAGAGUGAGGAUGGGGAGCGAGAACACGAGGAGGAGGGUGAGAAGGACUCCGAAAAGAAGGAGAAGAGUGGGGUGACCCAUGCCACCCAAGAGCAGAACCAGAACCGGCCCACCUCUUCCCCAUCCUCUCCCAACAGGACUGCCCAGGCAGGCGGGCAUCAGACUAGAGCUGGGCACAACCACAUUGCCCUCCCCACAGGCCAGCCUGAUAGCUCCCUGGAUGCUGACCCUGGCCUGUACACCAAUUCCGUCACCUCCACCCAAGUGCCCGCCACAUUCACAGAGGACCAUUACGAAGGGAGUGAUACCAAGAGGCCUGGGAUGCCGUCAAAAAAGCCUGCAUCCCGAGAAGACCGUUUUUCUGAGGAUAGCAAAUUUAUCACAGUUAAUCCAGUGGAAAAGAACACCUCCGGAAUGAUAAGCCGCCCUUCUCCAGGGAGGAUGGAAUGGAUCAUCCCUCUGAUUGUGGUAUCAGCCUUGACCUUUGUGUGCCUCAUCCUUCUCAUUGCUGUCCUAGUUUACUGGAGAGGAUGUAACAAAAAAAGGUCCAAGGGCUUUCGCAGACGUUUCCGAGAAGUGCCUUCUUCUGGGGAGAGAGGAGAGAAGGGGAGCAGAAAAUGUUUUCAGACAGCGCAUUUCUAUGUGGAAGACAGCAGUUCACCUCGUGUGGUCCCCAAUGAAAGUAUUCCUAUCAUUCCUAUACCGGAUGACAUGGAAGCCAUUCCUGUCAAACAGUUUGUUAAACACAUCGGUGAGCUCUAUUCUAAUAACCAGCAUGGGUUCUCAGAGGAUUUUGAGGAAGUUCAACGCUGUACAGCUGAUAUGAACAUCACUGCAGAACAUUCCAAUCAUCCAGAUAACAAGCACAAAAACAGAUACAUCAACAUUUUAGCAUAUGACCACAGCAGGGUGAAGCUAAGACCUUUACCAGGAAAAGACUCUAAGCACAGCGACUACAUUAAUGCAAACUAUGUUGAUGGUUACAACAAAGCAAAAGCCUACAUCGCCACGCAGGGACCUUUAAAGUCUACAUUUGAAGAUUUCUGGAGGAUGAUUUGGGAACAAAACACUGGGAUCAUUGUCAUGAUUACAAACCUUGUGGAAAAAGGAAGAAGAAAAUGUGAUCAGUAUUGGCCAACAGAGAAUAGUGAAGAAUAUGGAAACAUUAUUGUCACACUGAAGAGCACAAAAAUACAUGCCUGCUAUACCGUUCGCCGUUUUUCAGUACGAAAUACGAAAGUGAAAAAGGGUCAAAAGGGAAAUCCCAAAGGUCGACAGAAUGAAAGGGUGGUGAUCCAAUAUCACUACACACAGUGGCCUGACAUGGGCGUUCCAGAGUAUGCCCUCCCUGUCCUCACCUUCGUGAGGAGAUCCUCAGCUGCCCGGAUGCCAGAGAUGGGCCCUGUGCUGGUGCACUGCAGUGCUGGUGUGGGCAGGACAGGCACCUACAUUGUCAUAGACAGCAUGCUGCAACAGAUAAAAGACAAAAGCACAGUCAAUGUCCUGGGAUUCCUGAAGCAUAUCAGGACACAGCGAAACUACCUCGUCCAGACUGAGGAGCAGUACAUUUUCAUCCAUGAUGCCUUGUUGGAAGCCAUUCUUGGAAAGGAGACUGAAGUAUCUUCAAGUCAACUGCAUAGCUAUGUUAACAGCAUCCUCAUACCAGGAGUGGGAGGAAAAACACGACUAGAAAAACAAUUCAAGCUGGUCACACAAUGUAAUGCAAAAUAUGUGGAAUGCUUUAGUGCUCAGAAGGAGUGCAACAAAGAAAAGAACAGGAACUCUUCAGUUGUACCAUCUGAGCGUGCUCGAGUGGGUCUUGCACCAUUGCCUGGAAUGAAAGGAACAGAUUACAUUAAUGCUUCUUAUAUCAUGGGCUAUUAUAGGAGCAAUGAAUUUAUUAUAACCCAGCAUCCUCUGCCACAUACUACGAAAGAUUUCUGGCGAAUGAUUUGGGAUCAUAAUGCACAGAUCAUUGUCAUGCUGCCAGACAACCAGAGCUUGGCAGAAGAUGAGUUUGUAUACUGGCCAAGUCGAGAAGAAUCCAUGAACUGUGAGGCCUUUACUGUCACCCUUAUCAGUAAAGACAGACUGUGCCUCUCUAAUGAAGAACAAAUCAUCAUCCAUGACUUUAUCCUGGAAGCUACACAGGAUGACUAUGUCCUGGAGGUUCGGCACUUUCAGUGUCCCAAAUGGCCUAACCCAGAUGCCCCUAUAAGCAGUACCUUUGAACUAAUCAAUGUCAUCAAGGAAGAGGCCUUAACACGGGAUGGCCCCACCAUUGUUCACGAUGAGUAUGGAGCAGUUUCAGCAGGAAUGUUAUGUGCCCUUACCACCCUGUCCCAGCAACUGGAAAAUGAAAAUGCUGUGGAUGUUUUCCAAGUUGCAAAAAUGAUUAACCUUAUGAGGCCUGGAGUAUUCACAGACAUUGAACAGUACCAGUUUGUCUAUAAAGCAAUGCUCAGCUUGGUCAGCACUAAAGAAAAUGGAAACGGUCCCAUGACAGUGGACAAAAAUGGUGCUGUUCUAAUCGCAGAUGAAUCAGACCCUGCCGAGAGUAUGGAAUCUCUAGUGUGAUUGGAAUUCUGAAAGGGCGCUUAAUUUGUAAAACUUCUGAAGACUGAGAACUUUUUUGAGGCCUUUUUUGCCAGACUCUAGGUUAUACAAUAACCCAGUUACUUUUUUACACUGAUAAAAGUUUUGAUAUUUAUUUUUUGCCAUUUUAUGUCUUAAUGGUAUCCUACUGAACAUUUGCACCUCUGUUCAUUUCACACAGUGAAACACAAUUUUACCUAGUUUGCACUAUAUGAUCAGUGUUACUGCCUAUAAUCUGAUACUAAAGCAAACCCUGAUGUGACAUUCCAUGACAACAUACAUGCUACUUUUUAGUUCAGUACAGUGAAGGUCUUUGUUAUGACAGUGAACCUUGCUUUUGUUAUGAUAACUAUUAUUGCUAAAGCAGCUUUGUUCUACUAAGCAGGCAAUGCUGUACUUUUCCUCAGACCUCCUCUCAAUGUUUUUUAGGCACUGUUCAAUACUGUAUGCAUUUCUAAGUUUUAAUGGAGUGGGUGAGCAUUGGCCUUUUGUUUUUUUUAAUUUCAACAAUAGCAGGUUGUUGGGAGCUACUAAGAAGGCAUUGAGGGUUCCAUUUAUGAUGGAAGAUAACCAUUAAGAAAUUAUAUGGCUUAAGAAUUGCUUUAUGUGAACAUCACCUCUUAGUUACAAAGUUAUAGUCAUAACAAACAAAAUGCCCAACUGUGUCAAAUAAAGGAUAUCUCUGUAUUACAAUUUUCAUAGUAGCUAUGUGGACAGUGUGUAUUAUUUCCACUUUGAUACUUUGAAAUAGUUACAUCCUAAAAUCAGGGCUAUCUUUUACAACUGAAAGAUAGCAAUAUUUUACACAACUCGGUUACAAACCCUUUGGUGACUCUCCAUUAAUAUUUCUUGAUUUUAUAAUAUCAUACCUCACAGCAGGUGGAACAGUGGAAAAAAAUUGUCAGGUGUGUAAUUUUGAAACGAGUCCUCUAAAUACCCAUAUUAAACAUAGAGCAAGCUAAUUUUUUUAAACUACCUAUAGAAUUAUCUUCCUUUCUUUUUUGCCAAAUAUAUCAUGGUAAAUCUCUUCACUACAUUCUUUUACUGAGGGUUAAAAUGAAAAUACUGUGUUAGCAAAAGCUUCCAGUCUCUGUAGACUUCCACACAUACAAUACAUCUGAUCUAAAGAAAGAGAAUUAGAGUCUUGAAUAAAAGGCAAUGUGAAUGUUUUAAAAUUGUCUUUAAAGGAGGGAAAUGGUUUUGUGUGGUUUGGCCUGAGCAAAGGUAUACUUCAGAAAAAGAGGCUGAUGGUAAUUACACAGAACCCAGGGAAGUUAUGUAGCCCAGCCUCUAAAGCCAUAUUCAUCCUGCAGUACACAAUGGGGAAACUAAGAACACUGAAAAGAGAUUUUAGUUCAAUAAGAAAAAAUAAGCUACUUACAGAGAUUAGUUUCAUCUGCUGCCUAUUUGCUUUUGAAGGGCAAUCUCCAUUAGUUUUUCUUCUUCAACAUCACAUAGCAUAAUAGUUAAUAACAGAACUGGGCCUGUUAAGAAGAAAACAGUUUUGUUUUUAUGUUAAUUAACUUAAACAAAAAGUUCACAGUGGCUGUUGUCAUAGAACCUGGAUAUAUAUAUAUAUAUAUAAAUAGAACCAUGACACUCAGCACUGAGGUUCUAUUUAUCUCAAGUUGGCUUUCUGUGAAGUUUCUCAGCAAACUUUAACAUUGAAGGACCAAAGCUGCUAAGGAGAGAGGCUGCAGGUGAAGUCCAGAGGACUCAAUGCUUAGGCCCAUGGAAUUUUCAUGAACUGUAUAACCUGCCUGGGUUAAUCUCAUCCUUUCAUCACAUGGAUUGAGCAACAACGAAUACUUUUUAUGAACUGUGUGGGGUAAGCUUGAGAAAAGGUGCACAGGUGAGCAAACUUUACUAAAUUAUAUGUGCAAGAUGUUACCCUUCCCCUUCUGUGCCCACAAGAGAUAAAUAACUGAAUAUGAGAACAUUACAACUGACAGGAAGCUGAAGGGAAUCAGGGAAAGGUAAGAUUUCAGAUCAUGCUAAGGACUAGAUCAUUUUAGUCGAAAUUGGUUCCUUUAGUUAAGCAGAGUACUCAUGUGAGUCAACUCUUUGCAGCAGACGGCAUAGUGGGCUCUUAUUUAUGGAAGUAAUAUUCAAGAUGGGACUCAUCAUUGUUCUUAAUAAAUGCUGAGUAAAAGACACACAGCAAGUAUUCAUUUCUGUGCUAUUUCCAGAAGUCUCUGUUCCUAAAAAUACAUACCCUCUGCCACAGUUCUGUGUUCAUCUUUUAUAUGGGUAUCAGAUACAGGAAAAGAGGUAACUAGGAAACAAUGGGAAAUUUAUAAGGAUGGUUUAGAAAUUCUCUGUGUGCAAUUGUAUGCCACAGAGGACUUAAACCAAAGUCUUCAAAUUCUGACUCACUGAGCUAUAAGUAGUUACUAUUUGCCUAUCUUGCCAAAGUGGUCCACACACACUUCACUGGUGAUAACUAUGCCUAGCAGUUCUUCACUUUCACCAGAGUGCAACCUCACUAUUAUUCUUCAUGUUAUUGGAAGUGUGUGUGUGUGUGUGUGUGUGUGUGUGUGUGUGUGUGUGUGUGUGUGUGUAUUUCCAGAGGCAUAGUUUUAAAGAUGUUUUCCUCUGAGACUUAAGCACACUGCUUACCUUUAUAACAAAGUCAGUACCAAUUGCACUUGAUGGAGGAGGGAAUAGCUACUAUAAAUUAGCAUGUGUUGUUUUGCAAAAUAUGAUCUUAGGGUACAUGAAUUGAGAUCUAGGAAACCUAAUGUACACAUCAUACAAAAUGAAAUUGCAGUGAUCAGACCAAGUAGCCAUGCUGGACAUCAGAGAAAAGGAUACCUUAUUUCUAAGAGGAGAACUCUUUCUUGUAUCCAAAAGCCACAGUAUAUAACUUCUGAAUUUCAACAACAAGGUUAAUUGAAGUUACUUUGUUAAUUGUAUGUCUUGGAGCUUUUAGAAUCUAUUUCAAGUCCAGUAAGGUCAGAGAAGAUACUGGUAUUCAAUGUCUGGCUACUUAAGUUUCUAGUCCAGAGUAACAUAUUGAAAACAACAAAUAACCUUAAUUAUUUUAUAAUGACACAGCACAACUGCCUUGUUAUAAAUUUUUUUUCUUAAAUGCAUAUAUACUAUAUUUAAAUUUUGAAAUAGAUACCAAUUUACCAAAGAUACAUAUUACUAAUUCUACACAAAAAAGUAAAUAAAAAAGAAACCCAAACUGAUCAUAAUUUAAGAAAUAAUAAUCAAAAUAUAGUUUGUUUUAAGGAUUUAGCAGUUAUAGUGGAAAAUGCAUUUUGGACUCCUACGUUCUAAAGUUUAUGUUCAAAUGGUGCCAGUGAAUUUUUAUAUGAAGGGAAAUGCCUGCUUUUUUUUUUUUUUAGGUGAACAGCUGUAAUAUCACUUACCUCUUUGCUCUUUCCCUUAGUUGCCAUCUAACAUACAAUAUUGGCUUUACUUAUCUUUAGAAAGAAGGCAUGCUACAAAUAGGAAGGGACUGUAAUGUAAUAAUGGUAUUGGGGCCUCUACUUUGUCUUAGCUGUUAAACUCUUUUUAGUAUUUUUGUUAAAUAUUUGCAAUGGGAAGCAUUUUCUACUGAGGAUAAUUAAUUUCAAGAAAAAGUAUCUUGAGUUUUAAGAAUUAAACAUCUCCAGAAAAGGAGACAGUCAAUUUUAUAAAAUGUUGCAACUCUCCAACAUUUGGGGUAGUGACUCCUUUUUUGUUAGGACAUUUGAAACUAGCAAGCAGCCAUUGUUUCUAGAAAAAGAAAACAAAAAAAAACAAAACAUUUCAGCCUUCUUGUUGAUUCAUGUUUCUUUCCCUUCAUCUUCAAAUAGCUAAAAAUCAUUAAAACUGUAAAUAUAUUGUUGCUUGGAUAAGCAUCUUCUGGGACCUUUGUAUCUAUGGUAUAUAAUCAUAGAAUUUUAUAUUUUCAUAUAAAGCUAGUUUUUUUUCUAGUUUCAACUUUCAUAGUUUUUUUGUUUCGUUUUAUUUUUAGUGGUGGAUAAUGUGAAUUCAACUUUCUGUGUAUUGACGUAGCAAGAACCAUCUCUGCAUUCCAAAAGAAUCCAACGUGUUAUUUCUUUGAGGCAGUGAUUGUGAAAGUUGGGUUUUCUUUCUAUAUAUAUAUUUUUAAUUUCAUUGACCAUUUGCGCAAUAGGAGUUAGACAUGAUUAGUCACUGAAUAAAUUUGUUGCAUUGACCCGUUUGGGAAAAGUGUUGCUUUUUUUUUAAUUUGUUUGGGGGGAGGGGUUUUGUAACCUGAAAAUUUUCCCGUUUUUCUUCUGUUUAAAACUAUAUCAAAUCAUUCUAUGAUAGUGUUAUUUAAUAUGUAAAUUGUAUUGCUAUACAUAAAAUAAAGUAUGGUUUUUGAUGUA